GGCUUCGGCGACGUCGGGAACGACACGCAGUGCGGCGAGCAGAUCCUGAGCUACGGCAACGUGGAGAAAGUGGUGAUCGGAGCCGCCCUGACGCUCAUCACGCUGCUGACCAUCGCGGGCAACUGUCUGGUGGUGAUCUCGGUCUGCUUCGUGAAGAAGCUCCGGCAGCCGUCCAAUUAUCUCAUCGUCUCGCUGGCCUUGGCCGACCUGUCGGUGGCCGUGGCCGUCAUGCCCUUCGUCAGCGUGACCGACCUAAUCGGCGGCGAGUGGAUUUUCGGCAGCGUCUUCUGCAACGUCUUCAUCGCCAUGGACGUGAUGUGCUGUACCGCCUCGAUUAUGACCCUGUGCGUGAUCAGCAUCGACAGGUACCUUGGCAUAACUAGACCCCUCACCUAUCCUGUAAGACAAAACGGGAAGUGUAUGGCUAAAAUGAUCCUUUGUGUGUGGCUGCUGUCUGCUUCUAUUACUUUGCCCCCGCUGUUUGGGUGGGCUCAGAAUAUUAACGACGACAAAGUCUGUUUAAUCAGCCAAGACUUUGGCUACACAAUUUAUUCUACUGCCGUUGCGUUUUACAUCCCCAUGUCGGUGAUGCUGUUCAUGUACUAUCAGAUCUACAAAGCUGCCAAGAAAAGUGCAGCCAAGCACAAAUUUGCUGGUUUCCCACGACCUGACGAGCGUGAAGGGAUGGUUUCGGCGAACGGCGUAGUGAAACUGCACAAGGAAUCUGAAGAGUGCACCAAUUUUUCGCGUCUCCUUAAGCACGAACGGAAGAACAUUUCUAUUUUCAAAAGGGAGCAAAAAGCAGCCACUACCCUUGGAAUAAUUGUAGGGGCCUUUACUGUAUGCUGGCUGCCAUUUUUCAUACUUUCUACUGCUAGACCCUUCAUCUGUGGGACCUCUUGUAGUUGCAUCCCUUUGUGGGUUGAGAGGACAUUUCUCUGGUUGGGUUAUGCCAACUCUUUGAUUAACCCAUUUAUAUAUGCCUUCUUCAAUCGGGACCUGAGGACCACCUACCGCAAUCUGCUGCAAUGUAGAUAUAGGAAUAUCAACCGUAAACUCUCAGCUGCAGGCAUGCAUGAGGCCCUGAAGCUUGCCGAAAAACCAGAAUUUGUUCUGAGGAACUCUGAUUACUCAAGAAGGAAGAGCCACGACUUAUGAUUGAAUGCUGAUGGGACAGUCAUGUAUGAACAAGGGACUGUGAAGCAGUGGAGAUUGCUGCAAAUCCAGGCGUGGAAGAGAACCUAUGAGAUGAAUGAAAUGCUCCAAACCCACUUUGAAAGGGAAUGUUGUAAAGGAAGUUUGUGAACUUGGUAUAUAUUAUUAAAUGUACUUCUGCCAAUCCAGUGACAUUUUUCUUUUUUCUCCUCCCUACUUUGCUUCCUUUAGCAGGACAAAUUCUAGCUGUGCACAGAUUAGCCCUAUUUUAUUUGUUUGAUAAAGCGAAUUACAUUAGCAAUAAGUAGUUUGGCCCAUGAGAGCAAUAGCAGGUGAUCAGCUAUUCAAGUGUGACUUCUUCAGAAGAACAUCCAACUUUGUUCCAUCAGUCCUUUGACUUUACAAAGGUCCUUCUGUAAAUUGUCCUUGGACCCAGUACUGUCCACUGAGAAGGCGGGGCUGGGGUGGGAGUCAGUUUUGACAAAGGCAUCAUCACAGUGCAAUGGUUUUCUGGGUCUGUUGCGACAUCACAUGCAAGCCCCAAAGGAGCUUCUAGAAAUUGCCACUAGGACCACUUUAUAAUCUUUCAGUGAGAGGUAGCAUAGUAAGUUCUUCUAACAGUGCCGAGAUUUCCUUUAUAUGAAGAGAUGGUUGAAUUGUAUGUCAAGCAAAAGGAAUAAAUUAUGAACAGUGUAAAUUACUAAGAUUUGUUUCUUUCAAGGAAGGCAGAUGGGAUAAGAAUAGUUCAGUUCCAUAUUUUUGGUCCGCUCUUUUUUUUCCCUGUUGACUUUCUUUCCAACCUGCUCUUUUUUCUU